UCAGUGCCCCUGAGUCCUACUUCCUCUUCUGUUCAUGCAAAGCAGAAGCACCAACACACUGACGGCUAUAAAGUGCCGCCAAAGCCUCCAGAGUCGGCUUCAGUCUCUGGCACUAUCGGCAGCGGACACUGGCAGCACCAUGGAUUUGGAGCGUCAGGAUUCUCUGGUGAAGGGAGGCGUGCUGAUCGUCCACCAGAUCCACGAGGGAAAGCACCAGUAUGAAGUGGGAAACGUGAUGAAGUACAAAAAAGCCAGUCAAAAAGUGUUCGUCAGGAGAGGAGACAAACUGAUCCAGAUAAAUGGCGUGGACCUGGAGGAUCUCACACCAGAGGAGCUGGCUCAAUCGUUAGCUAAAGAUAAUCUGAUACUGAAGGUGCACAACAAGGCCAGCAAGAUGGGGGCAUACGCUGAGCAGUCCUUCCCGGCUGAGGACACUUUACAGCCCUUCGACAAGGAAUCCACAACACUCCGUUUCAGCAUGGAGAUGAGGAGGGCGGAAGACUUGGAGAAUGAAGUGGAGCAGGUGGGAGGAGGAAAGGAGGAAGUUUGUCCAGCUGAAGAUAAAGAGAAUGGGGAGAGGAGGGAUCUGCUUGUUGUCUCCAUGAAGAAAACCAGCUUCUCUGUGGUGAGAGGGAGGGGCUGCGACAGCGGGAGCCACUGUCAUGGAUGUCCUGGGACAGGAUGUACCUUUAAUGACGUUGUCAUGGUGGCAGAAUCCAGCGAGGUGGUGCUUGUUCCAAGAGGCGGUGGAAGUUUCACACAGAUAACAUCAAGGAACACUCCAAUCGAACACGUGGCCACUAGCCUUUACAUCAGAGGUCUCUGUCAGCAGAGGAUACCCUACGCUUCACCCAACCCAGAGGAGAUGACCAUCUACUACUACAAGACAUCCGGUUCUUUCCCUUUCAAAGGACAGGCAGUGGUCCUAAACUUUAGCAAGACCAACUGCUUCCUCCAGUGCUGCAAGGAAGGGGAGAGGGUGUUCCUACAAGUGGAGACUUGCGACAAGAAGAGCCUGAAGAAGAUCUCCAAGACCGACGAGAGCACCCUCUCCUACGUCUUCUACAUGAAGACCCAGGGGUCGACUCCGCGCACGUUUGAGUCAGCGCUGCACGGCGGCUGGUUCAUCCAAAUAGACGACACCGCAAUCCACCGAGUGGGAGUGGCAAACCUGGAUGGAACAAUGGGAGACGAACCCUUCUUCUUCAUCAUUCAGGUGUGAUGAAGAGUCAGAGUCACAGUUCUCAGUCAAGUUGACCAUUUAAAAUUGUGGAUUUUUUUUGGGACUUGAUAUUAAACAAAAUAAAAACAUGAGAGGAGCUCUUCUCUUUGACCCACCUGCUCCAGUGACAGAAACCCACGUCACUCUGUCAAAUUCUGCUAUUGCAGAAGUGCGUAGAUAUGUAUCAUACAACUAUAUCUAUUUAAACAAAUGUUUUCUCUGUGUGUGUGUCUCAGUGUGUAAUCAGUUUUGUUGUUUAAAGAGACCUUUCAAGCUGAUUGUUUUUUUUUUUUUACAAGCAUUCAUAUUUUGUGUUCAUGAGAUGUAACUUUCAUUAAAAACAUAUAUGUUCGAAAUAAAGGCAAUUUGAUUAUAAACACUUUCUAAUAUACAUUAUUAAGAGAUAUUGUGAGAAAAAUUACAUCUAGUAUAAACUAUAAACACGAGUCCAAUGUAUUAACGUAAGCACAAACAUUAAUCGAGUUCUGAAUGACUGGUUGUUUAUAUUAUCACAUGCAUGUUUUAUGGACACACUGGUAUGUAAUUAAGUAAUUAGUAGCAGGUCUACAGUCAUGCUAGCGGCUAAAAUGCUAACAUCAGCAUGCUAACAUGCUCAGAAUGGAAAUGCUAACAUGCUGAUGUUUAGCAGGUAUAGCCUAAUGUUUACCAUGUUCACCAUCUUAGUUUAGUGUGGUGAUAUAAUGUUAUAUGUACUGUAUAUCGAUGAUAUUAACACUUCCCAGACUUACUGGAUAUUUUCUUAUAUUACAAUGUCAUCACGUAUAGAUGUAUUACUCUUCUAUUAGCAUAUUGUGAUCUUUGGUAUGUAUUGGUAAACUGUGUAUUUUGUGUAUUUUACAAUAAGUAAAAGUGUGAAAUCCCUAAA